UUAUAACGUAAAAGGAACAGAGAAAACCAACUAAUUAUUAUCCAAAACUCAAGAUUGUAACGACCAUUCAUGGCUGAAGCUGUAAUGAGUUUCACAGUCAUCAAACCAAGUAUUCAAUGCCACGCUCCUAAAUUGGAGUUGCACCCUUUCACUAAAUCAUUUAGGCAUUGUUCUAGCUCAGCGUUCGGAAAUGGCGGGCACCAGAUUCAAGUUGGGAAGAGCAAAAGAAAUUCUGGUUUUAGAGUGAAUGCUCUCCCGGAUUGGCCAUUAAUGGCAGUAUUAGUUGAGCAUAUGGAAGGUCAAAGAGACCUCAUAACUCACAAAUCUGUUUGGCACCUUAGUGAUGAAGCCAUGAAGAAUGUUUACACAUUUUACAUCAUGUUCACUGUUUGGGGAUGCUGUUUCUUCGGUUCUACCAAAGAUCCCUACUAUGAUUCAGAACAAUACAGAGGAGAUGGAGGUGAUGGUACUGGACAUUGGGUCUAUGAGAAGCAAGAAGACAUAGAAGAAGCAGCAAGAGCAGAGCUGUGGCGCGAGGAACUGAUAGAGGAGAUUGAACAAAAGGUCGGGGGUUUUCAAGAACUUGAAGAAGCUGGGAAGAAGGAACAGCUAGUCAAAUGAUCAUCUCCAUCUGGUAUAUAUAGCUGCAUAUGCUAAGAACAAACUUUAUGAUGCUUCCCAGUUAUGUAUAUACAAUAUGAUAUUCCGUUUCCUGUUCCAUAAUACAGACUUCAAGUAAAUGUUGAGGAAAUCCAAGAAGGAAUAUGUGAUUGGUCA